GCAGCAUAUUGUUCAAUACAGAAUUCCGCCCUCACAUUCAACCAUGGCAGCCAAAGAUCUUGCCAUUGGCAACAAGCGCAAGGCGUCCGGAGACAAAAAGGGUAAAUCUGACGGAAAAGCCAAGAAAGCCAAGCUUGAAGAGGUUGCUGAGCCUGAAGAAGCCCAAGACAACGGGUCCGACGACUUUGAGAGUUUCUCGGAUUCCGACGAUGGCGGUGUUAAGCUAGGCCAGAACCGCUCGCAUAAGCAGUUCAAGAAGAACGAUGACGAUUCGAACGGAAAGACAUUCGAACGAGGACAAACCUCCCGCGAAUCGCACGCCAAGCAGAAGCAACUAGCUCAAGAAAGAAAGGCGGCUAAGCCUCUUGCCGAUGAGGUCCACCGUACAAAGAAGAUCUGGGAAAAGCUCCGAAUCAAGUCCAAGGUUCCCAAGGAGGAGAGACAGAAGCUGGUUACCGAACUCUUCGAAAUCAUCACUGGCCGUAUGAAGGACUUUGUUCUCAAGCACGACGCUGUCCGUGCUGUACAGACUGCUAUCAAGUAUGGUACUGCUGAGCAGCGCAAGCAAAUUGCCCACGAACUCGAGGGCACUUAUGCCCAGCUCGCCGAGAGCAGAUACGCCAAGUUCCUUAUCGGCAAAUUGCUGGUCCAGAACGACGAGGAGAUCCGCGAUCUUAUCAUCCCUCACUUCUACGGCAGAGUCCGCAAGCUCAUCAACCACCCUGAGGCUUCUUGGAUUCUGGACGAUAUCUACCGAACUGUCGCUACCAAGGAACAAAAGGCCAUUCUCCUGCGCGAAUGGUACGGACCCGAGUUCAGUCUGAAGGAGAUGAACAAGGAUACCAACGUCACCGCCGACCUCAACAAGAUCCUCGAGGCUGAACCUAGCAAGAAAAGCCCUAUCAAGAAGACGCUGCUGGACAUGAUCAACACUCUUGUGCAGAAGCGCAUGACCGGUUUCACAAUGCUCCACGACGCCAUGCUUCAAUACUUCCUAUCACUUGAGCCCGGAACCGAAGAUUUUACUGAGUUCUUUGAGCUGAUCAAGGGUGACGAGAAUGGCGACUUGCUCAAGAACUUGGCAUUUACCCGCAACGGUGCUCGCCUCGCAUGUCUCCUGCUCGCCCAUGGCGCUGCCAAGGACCGCAAGCAAAUCCUCAAGACAUAUAAAGAUACUUUCCUCAUGAUGGCUGGCGAUAAUUACGCUUACCUUGUUAUCCUUGCUGCCUACGACGUUAUCGAUGACACAAAGUUGACUGCCAAGUCCAUCUUCCCUGAGCUUGUGGGUGAGAAGGAUGAGGAGGUCGUCCAGAACAUUGUUGGUGCCGCCAACAACGCCAAUGCCCGACUCACCUUCCUUUACCUUUUUGAGGGCCUGUCAAAAUCGCUAUUCCCCCCAGGAUCAACAUUCGCUCAGGAUGUUAUCAAGGAGGUUCAUGAGAUCCGGCAGAAGACCAGUAAGAAGGACGACGCCACGCGUAAGCAGGAACUCAUCGCCUCGUUGAUGCCCCAUCUUCUGGAAGUGAUUGCCUCUUCUCCUGGUGAUCUUAUCAGCACCGCCUUCGGUUGCCAGUUCAUCACAGACGUCAUGCUGUCAGAGUCUGGCGACAAGGCCAAGGCUCUGCAAGCCAUUGCUGAGUCUGUCGGCACAGACCCCAACGCAGUUCCCGACGAGGAUGACCUUAACCCCAAGGUCCACGUUUCGCAGACUGCGUUCGGUGGAAGAAUGCUCAAGUCGAUAAUCCAGGGAGGCCGUUUCGACAAGGCUGCCGGCCAUGUCGUACAAAUCCAGCCUCCUCUGGAGUUUGCCAACGUCUUAUACCCCAUUAUCAAGGACUACAUCAUCGAGUGGGCUACUGGCCCGUCAUCAUUCGUUGUCGUAGCCAUGCUUGAAGCACCUGACUUCUCAGACGCAGAUGCCGUCCGAAAGGUUCUUAAGAAGAACAAGAAGCUCUUGGAUAAGGCUGCUAAGGAGGAGACAGCCGACCAAAAGGCCAGCAGAGAGGCCAAGGAGCAGGCCGCCAACGAGAAGGGUGCCAAGAAGAACAAGAACAAGAAGACUGAGACACCCGUUGGUAACGCCGGUAGCAGAAUCUUGUUGGAGAAACUGUAAAUAUGCUGGUAUUCUUUGUUUGUUUAUUUUUCGACGCUUUGAUAUACUUGGGAUAGGCAUAUGUAAAAUUGGCAUUUGAUUUUCUUUUCUUCUUCACACACACGUAGAGCCCGAUUUCACAAA